AUGGCCAGUAACUACUUGGCCCAGGCAGAGGUCGUGUUGCUGACAGAUGAGCCUUAUGCGUGUGAGCUGGACCACCUGGGCCCGCGCGUCGUGAGUGUUCCUGCGUCCUUCACGAGACCGCGCGCCCGUUACAAGGCUCGCGCCUUGGAGUACUUUCGAAUCGCGGCCAAUCUCCAACCGGAUGACUGGAUACUUCACCUUGACGAGGAGACCAUGAUCGACGCCAGCGUAUUAGAGGCAUGCACCAACUUCAUCGCUCAUGAGACGAACUUCGACAUUGGCCAAGGUUUUGUCUUUUACAACUCCUCCGGCUUUUGGGCAAACUGGCUUCUGACGGUAGCCGACUUGACACGGAUUGUGGAUGACAUGGGAAAACUGUUCUUCCAGAGCUUUGUUGUCCACCGUCCUUAUUGGGGCCUACGAGGUAGCUUCCUGCUACUCAGCGGAGCUGUGGAGAACGAAGUGGGAUGGGACACGGACUGCUUGACAGAAGAUUACGACUUCUCGUGGAGGAGACGUAGAUGGUAUCAAGGAGUCUGGACCAGCGGCAUCCUCUGGGGCAAGGUGCAGCUGGCGUUGAGCAUUCUGGGAGCUUUCAUGCCUGAAUCGGUUUUGCAGUUCUUCGGCUUAACGCCAAGAAUCUCUCUCGUCUUCGCUGCUGUAUUCAUCAGUUUGAAACUAGCAGCGCCUUGCCUCAUCGGAAUCGUGUUUCCACCCGCGACAUUCGAGGUCAUAGAGAAAUAA